AUGGCGGCGCUCGGAGCCCCCCGGAGCUUCCUCGGCUCCUUCAUCCUCCUCCUCCUCCUCCUCCUCCUCCUCCUCCUGGAGCCCGGAGGCUGUUCUGAGCUCGCCAGGCACCUCCUGGGGCGGUACCGGCCGGGGGUGCGCCCCGGGGUGCCCGAGGGGGGCCCCGUGUGGGUCACGGUGGGGCUGGAGCUCAACCAGCUGAUCGGCCUGGAUGAGAAGAAUGAGGAGAUGACGACGAAAGUUUAUCUGAACCUGAGCUGGCGCGACCCCCGACUCUCGUGGGACCCCCGGGAGCAGCCGCGGGUGGCGGCGCUGCGGCUGCCGGCGCAGCACAUCUGGCUGCCAGAUGUGGGGCUGGACAACAACAACGACGGCGAGUUCGGGGUGUCUUUGGGGGUUCGGGUCAGCGUCACCCCCGACGGCGUCGUCACCUGGAGACCCCCGGCGCUCUUCCGCAGCCGCUGCCCCAUCCGGGUGUCGCAUUUCCCCUUCGAUUGGCAGAAUUGUUCCCUCCAGUUCCGCUCCGGCUCCUACGGCCCCUCGGAGCUGCGGCUGCGCACGGGGGGGAGGGGCGGCCCCGGGGGGGCGCAGGCGGCGCUGCCCCCCGACUUCCGGGAGAACGGCCAGUGGAGCCUCGUGCACCGCUCGGGGGGUCCCUGGGGUCCCUCGGGUGUCGCUUUUCACCUGGUGCUGCGCCGGGAGCCGCUUUUCUACCUGAGCACGGUGCUGGCGCCCUGCGGGCUGAUCACGCUGCUGGCCGUGGGGGUGUUCCACCUGCCCCCCGAUGCGGGUGAGAAGAUGUCCCUGUCACUCUUCGCCCUGCUCACCUUGACCGUGUUCCUGCUGCUCCUGGCCGACAAGGUCCCGGCCACGUCCCUGCAGGUGCCGCUGAUCGGCCGAUACCUGACGGGCACCUUGGUGCUGCUGACCCUGGUGGUGGCGCUGAGCGUGGGGGUGCUCAACCUGCACCACCGCUCACCUGGGACGCAUCACCUGCCCGGCUGGGCACGACAGCUGUUCCUGCAGCGCCUCCCCCCCCUGUUGGGCCUCCGCCCCUCCCCCCCUUUGAGCCCCGCCCCCUCCUUAGGCCCCGCCCCUUUGGCCACGCCCCCUCGCGCCUCUGACGCGUAUUUCCUGCGACGCCCCGCCCCCUCCGAGCUGGCCACGCCCACUUCUGAGUUAACCACGCCCCCUGGAGUGACCACGCCCCUUUCGGGCUCGGCCACGCCCCUUUUGGGGGUGGCCACGCCCCCCCCGGAGCUGCGGGAGGCGGCGGCGGCGGCGGCCGAGAUCGCGCGGCGGAUGCGGGAGCGGCGGCGGCGGCAGCGGGCUCAGGACGAGUGGCGGGCGCUGGCGAUGGCUCUGGACCGUCUCUGCCUUUGGGCGCUGCUGCUGCUGACGGGCGGCUGCGCCCUCGGCACGGGGCUGGACGCGGCGCUGCACCGGCCCCCGGACACACCGUUCCCCUAAAACACCCGAAAUCACCCCAAAAAUAUCCCCAAAGUAUCCCCAAAAUAUCCUGAAAAUAUCCCAGAAGUAUCUCAGAAAUAUCCCCCAAUUAUCCCCAAAUUAUCCUAAAAAUAUCCCAAAAUAUUCUGAAUUUAUCCCCAAAAUAUCCUGAAUUUAUUCCAAAAAUAACCCCAAAAAUAUCCCAAAAAUUAUCCACAAAAUAUCCCCAAAUUACCCC